CUGAAAUCGCCAACUAAAUCUUCAACACACGAUCUAAACGAGCCAGAUGAUGUGCCACAAACACAAAAAAACAAUUUAGACUCGCACGAACGUUCCUCCCAGGUGCGGCCGCUUAAUUACUAUGAAAAGAAGGAGAUUCUUCGUAAGAUUCUGCACGAUAAAAACUCUGAGCUCAUCAAGGACUUGAUCUCGAAGGCUAGUCCCGAGGAACUCAGCCGUAGGAGGCCGAAGCCUCGCGGGGAGAGGAGGCUUGUAGCCACUGACGACGAGCUCAUCGGCUCAGUCUCUCAGGACGAGGGCGCCGAGACCGUCGAGGACACCGGCUACGAGGAGCCGACGAAUAUCAACCACGUCAGGGCCGGACACUACGUUCUGCACAAGAACCAGGUUUACACCGUAUCCACGACCCAGCACAUUGCCCAGGCCAGGUCCAAGGGCCACUACAAGCUGAAGAUGAAGCUCCUGCACACCACCAAGGAGAUGUAUUUCUCCUUCCCCGACGGCUGCAAAAUGACAGUUCUGACCCCGAGGAAGGUCAGCUGCGAGUACAGCCACUUUGACGAGGACAGCAACUGCUACGUCUUCAAGUCCGAGCUCAGCGACAUCAGCGUGCCCAGGGGCACCAACAUUGCGAGCCUGAAGUACCUGAAGCCCCGCCUGAAGGUCACCAUAUCGCGCUGGCGCGACAAGAUUCUCGGCGUGUUCGUGCCCUUCCACAUUGAGUACCGGGUCGUCCAGCUCAACACUGGCAACUACGCUGCGACGCUGGACAACGGCCUCGUGGUCCUCGUUCCCACGUACAUCAAGGUCAACGACCACAUUGAGAUAACCACCAAGGCGUGCGAGUUCCUGAGGCGCACGAAGAUUAGCUAG